AUGCUUGGAGAUUCAUUCACCGCGCGUGUAGUACGAUCUUGAUUUUAGUACCGCUGUAAGGCUUAUUGACUUUCUCAAUCUCAAUUCUGUCAAGCUAAAUAAUAGCAGGCAAGAUCAGCUAGAAGCACAUCAAGCCCAGCUUUUCUGGAUUGCAUAUCUUCAGGAGAGGUAAGGGAGAAUCCUACUUAAAACAACUCUCAAACUAAAGGAGUCUCAAGUCAACUACUUGCAGAAUUUGAUUUUCCACCGAGCGGCCUCGGGAAACUUGCAGGUUCUGUCGCUUUGCCGCUCGUUCCUAAUGCGGGAACAGACCCCCACCACGCCAAGUACCAAUUCUUCUUUCUUGCCCUUAUUUCAAUGAGGAAACUUCUAAAUCGAGUACUUUAUCAUGUCUACAAGCAAGGUAUCAUUCUUACCGUUUCAUUCAGAUAUCAGCAACUAUGACUAAUAUCAGUUGAUCAGAUCAGCGAUACGAUGAAGCUCCUCGACCCACCAGUUCUCCUAGUGAAGAACGAUUUAAAGCGGUUUUCUCUGCCAGCGAACGAAUAA